UUGUUCAAUUAAAAUACAAUUUUCCGUAUGAUGGCGUAGCAGAUGUAUUAUUUUGGUAUAGUUAAAAUAGCGGUUAUUUUGGGUUUGUUAAUACCAUUGAUCAAUUUUGAUUGAAAACGCCUAUUUUACGGAUGUUGAAAUAUUUUUUAAGCAUUGUUAUAACUUUCUCGUGCAUUUAUUUCUUGAAAUAAUUAUAAUAGGCGCAAAAUGUUUACAGUAGGAAAUUUACGACGCUCUUCUCGAUUAAAAGUAAGAAAACCUAAAAGAUAUAUAUCGUCUAGUUCGGAUGAAAAUUUAGAUGAUACAAUAGAAAUAAAUACAACAGACAAUGAACUUAAAGACGUAGAGGAAAAUGUACAAAAGCCAAUUGAAUUAUUUUCAAACGAUGAUGUAAGUGGAGAAGCAUUAUACAAAUUACAGACACCUGGAAAAAAAGAUGCCAUGACAAAGAAGGCAUAUUUGUGUCGUACACCCAUUAAUGCUCAUAAAUUACCUGUAGCUAAAGUUGUUAUUGAAAAGAUAAAUAUAAAUAACAAAGAAUUAUCAAAAACACUAAAAAAAAACCAAAAGAUUUCAAAAGUUCCUAUUGUUUCAAGAAAAUAUGAAUCUGGAUUAACUUCAAGCGAAAGUGAAAGUAUAUCUGAACCCAGUGAUUAUCACCCGAGUGAAGAUACUGAAGAUGAAACAACUGAUAAUGAGGAUGUAGAGUCUAGUUACGAUGAAAAAGAUGAAAUAAAAACAAAAAACCAAAGACAAAAAUUUAUAUCACAAUCAAACUUAUUGUGUACACCAAAAAAAAUAAAUAAAAAAAAUAAACCUUCAAUUAUUCAUAAGGAUUUUCAUAUGGAAACUGAUGAAUACUUUGUGACACAAUCAGAAAAGGUAAUUACAUCUGAUCGGACGUUAGAACAUCUACGUAAUUCUCGUUUAACUAAGGAAAAAUUGGAAACAUUGUUAGCAAAUCAAAAUCAUGUGUCAUCACAACAUAAAAAGAAUAUUUAUUCAUUAACUAGGAACUAUUCUAUGCUAUUUCCGAUGUGGUACUUUAUUAUGGAACAAGGUUAUACUGUAUUGCUUUAUGGUUUGGGUUCAAAAAGAUGUUUGAUCAAUAAUUUUCAUAAAAGUAUAUCUUAUCAUCCAUCACUAGUAAUAAAUGGAUUUUUCCCUAGUUUAACUACAAAAGAUAUAUUGGAUGGUAUAAUUAUUGAUUUAUUGGAGUUGAAUUGUUCUAGCAAUACAACUGAAUGUAUAGAUCUUAUUGAAAAGACUUUAAAGAAAAACCCAAAAGACAGAUUAUAUUUGUUAAUACAUAAUAUAGAUGGCAUAAUGCUACGUUCAAGUAAAGCUCAAGAUUUAUUAUCUUGUCUUGCAAAUAUACCGAAUGUUUGUGUUUUAGCAUCAAUUGAUCAUAUCAAUGCCCCGCUAUUGUGGGAUCACACAAAACAUUCUAAAUUCAAUUUUUUUUGGUGGGAUACAACAACAUUUUUAUCUUACCAGGAAGAAACAUCUUAUGAAAGCUCACUCUUGGUUCAACAAAGUGGUGCUCUUGCUUUAUCAUCUCUUCAUAAUGUUUUUCUUUCUCUAACUUCAAAUGCUAAAUCAAUCUACAUAUUGCUUGCAAAGAAUCAGUUGAAUAAUUGUAAUAAUGCUAAUUUCACUGGAAUGGCAUUUAAAGAUCUGUAUCGAGCUGCCCGUGAAGGAUUUCUUGUAAGUUCAGAUUUAGCAUUAAGAGCACAACUGACUGAAUUUAUAGAUCAUAAAUUAGUUAAAAUAAAGCGCAAUAUUGAUAGCGUUGAACAUCUUAUUAUUCCAUUAAAUAAUGGAUUUUUAAAACAGUUUCUAGAAGAACACGAUAUGUGAUAUUUUUAACUAUAACAUAUGAGAUAUAAAUAUUUAUACAUUUUGUAUUCAUUUUAUACACUAAAUUAUAGUA